UUCUCUAUUGAGUACUUACAAGAAAAUGUGAAAUUGUUUUUUUUUAGAAUCUCCAACAACAUUUGGUUCUGUCCGCGAACGGAUUGCUCGAUUCGAAUCGUUGCAAGAUGAAAAGUCUACAAAAUCGUCACCCGACAAGACUUCCGUUGAUAUCGUAGUCACGCCUGUUAGUCCUGUGUCAGGAAUGCGAUUUGAAAAUGAGGAUAUAGCUCAAGAACCACUCAGUCCGUCUAUUGAAUCUGAAGUUUCACAAGCAGAAGUCAAAAGCUCGUCGUCUUAUAGUGGAGAUGAACAUAGUCCCAGAUUUGAAAAACCUGACAUCCGCGAAAAAAGAGCGAUCACAGAAGAACCCACUCGAGUGCCAUCACCUCCUAGGGAAGAAGUAUCUAAAAAAGAAUAUACAAAAAUUGACGAAUAUCUCACACAUCCCAGUACUUUCUUAGAAACGACCACAGAAGAAAUAAUUGAGUUGGAGGAACGUUCCGAAUCGCCACAGUUGGCAGACACAGCGAAAAGACCACAUGAUGAGGAUCAGUACGAAGUGAUUCCACCAAUCCCAGUUCAAGAAGAAGCACCUGGCGAAGAACAGCCCAAGAUAGCGGAAACACGGACUACCCCUGUAACCUUUUACGAGAUGCCUGAAAAAGAGGAGAAGGCUGUAGAGCAAGAGGAGGCACGACUGUUACCUGAGUAUUCUACACCUCCGAAAUACGAAGACAUUAUGGAAGAGACGGCAUUUCCAAAAGAAGAGCACGAGUAUCGAACAGUUAAGAAGACUGUCACUACUGUAACUACCACCCGUUACAUGGAAAUGCCAGACGUUACAGAAGGGAGUGUGGAAGAACAGGCGGAGGAAUCUUCACUUUACCCAACACCACGGGAGCCGCAUGUUGAGGAAAUUGAAUAUCCUACCAUGACUAAAACUGUUACCACAGUCACAACUACGAUAGAGGUACCUGAAACACCGGAGAGUGAAAAACUGGAGUCGGAAGAAGGCAAAGCUUUGGAUUUGUCCAAAAAAGAGAUAGAACGAGAAGGUGAUGAAAUAAGCGUGCGUGAAGCUCCAAAAAUUGCCUCAAUAUCUGCAUAUAUCCCCGAAGUCAAACCUUCCCCAGAGAUAUUUGAACUUGAAGAAACUAUUUCGCACACUCCCACACUAUAUGAUAUGACACGAGGUUACGAAAUGACAACAGAAAGCGACUUCUCUACGGCACCGAAAACUGUCACGACCGUGACGAGGACCCCUUAUGAAGAAAUACCCGAAACAAUAGCACGCAAAGAAGAGUACGCUGUAGAACCAGAGAAGGAUGAAAAUAGGGACAAAGUGGCUGUAAGAGAAACUAUAACCACCGUUACAACGACUCGUUAUGGAGAGGAGCCUGCGAUACCAACGGACUUCGAAAGGUAUGAUCAACAGCCUAAAGCUGUGGAAACACCGGCACACACUCGUGAAGAAUAUUCGCCUGUAAUCGGCGCUAUCACUACUGUUUCAACCACACUCUAUGGAGAAGAGCCUGAAAUUCCAGAGCGCUUUGAAAGGUAUGGACGAGUGCCACCAACAAGUGUGGAAUCAUUCGUGAGCCCCGUCUCCACGGAAGAAUAUCCGCAUGUGGGUGGGGCCAUCACCACUGUAACAACCACAUUUAACAGGGAGGAGCCCACAGAAGAGCAUAUGGGAAUAGAGACACCACCUUUGAGGGAAGAUAUCACAGCUAUCACAACAACUCAGUAUGGAGAAGAGCCUAAGACCGAGAAGGGCUCUGAAAUGUAUGGGAGAGAGUCAACAGCUGCGCAACCAGUAUUGAGUUCAGUAUUUAGUGAAGAAUAUCCACCUACUGGGGAGACUAUUACAACUGUGACGACUACGCUUCAUAAGCAGAAGCCUGAGGUCAUCGAAGACUUGCAAGGAUACGUAAAAUUACCGGUGGCCCCCUCUGCGUCAGAGGAUUCACCAAAGACGGAAGCUAUCACUUUUGCAACCACACAUUAUGAGGAGGAAGCCAAGACUUUAAGGGGCUCUGAAAAAUAUAGACGAGAUUCAUCAAAGUCUCCAAUUAGCCCCACCAGAGAGGCAUAUCCUCCUGUUCAAGAGACCGUAACAAUAACAAUGACACGUUAUGAAGAGGGUCGCGAAUCUCCAGAAAGUACUGAAAGAUAUGAGGAAGAAAUAAUAAAAACUGCGGGUUUACCAGAAACUUCUAGCUUUGAAAAAUACUAUCCUCCUGUCAGGGAAACUACCACUACUAUCACACUGACAGAAUACGAAGAAGAGCCAGAGAUUCAACAACCCGAAAAAUAUAAAGAUAUUUUACAAAUUGAAGGUAAACCAGUAAGUUCACCUUCUUUCGAAGAAUAUCCACCAGACAGGGAAACGACUACCACCAUAACAAUGACUCACUAUGAAGAAGAAGGUGAUGUCCUAGAACACUUCGACAGAUAUGCGCAAAAGUUCAAGGCUUUGGAAUCACCAGUGAGAGGCCUUCACUUUGAGGAUAAGUACCCGCCUGAGGCAGAAAGCAUAGCCACGACAUGGAAGUACGAGAAACCCGCGACCACUGAAGAAUCUGAGGAAUACACGACAAAAGAAUUAUCAAGAGAAAGAAUUCCAGGUACUCGAAUCACACAAGAAGAAAUCAGCUCAGGAAAAUUACCUUUCACUUCAGAUCACUUUGAAAGUGAAGAAACCAUUGGUGAUAAACGAGGCGGCUUCGCUACAAAGGUAGCGACGUUUGCGCGAGGCGCUUUUGUAGCUCCCGCUGCAUUGGCAGCCAUGGGAGCAUCGGCAGCGUAUGAUGCUCUAACAAAAGAGGGUGAGCCAAAAGAAGAAGUGCAUGAGGAAUUCAGGGAAGAGAUAGUAAAGGAGUUACCAAAGCCCGAAGAAUCACCAAUCAGCCCAGUUACACGAGAAGAGAUGUUUGGAGAGAAGUUCCCUACAGUGACAGAAGCCAAAAAGCUGGAAGAAGUGUCACCAAAACCAGAGCGCGAAUCUCCCGAACUGGCGGAAUCUCCAAUAAACACACUUUCAAGAGAAGAGACAUUUGGAGAGAAGUUCCCCACAGUGACAGAAGCCGAAAAACUGGAAGAACGCGUGUCACCAAAACCAGAGCGCGAAUCUCCCAAA